CCAGCUGUGCACGCGCUUUCCGAUCGCUUCAUCUACCUCGCCACCCCGCUCCCGCCCAGCGCCAGCUCCCAGUCGCCAGCCCACCGCGCGCGCGCUCUCCCGAUCCAGCGAUGGCUGCCUCCGCAGCUCCCCAGGUCGUGGUCCUCGGGUUCCUCCUGCUCGCGGGGCUCGCGGCGGCGCAGAGGGGGACGACGCCCGCGGCCGCCGCCCCCGCGCCCGACCCCGGCUGCAACGGCAUCCAGCUCACCUACAACUUCCAGGGCCGCACCAAGAUCCGCCCGUUCGUCAGCGACAGGAACAAGCAGCCCUACGCGUUCCGCGCCAACGCCACCGUGCUCAACUCCGGCACCCGCCCGCUCAAGUCGUGGGCGAUACUCGUCGAGUUCGCCCAUGGCGAGAUCCUCGUCGGCGUCAACGGCGCCGUGCUCACGGGCAGCGGCGAGCUGCCGUACAACACCACGGAGGACGCCGGCAAUGCUACCUCCUUCUCGGGGUACCCGCAGACGGAGCUCCUCACGCCCAUCGCCACCGCCGGCGACCUCUCGCAGAUCCAGGCCUCCGUCGGUAUCGUCGGCACGCUCUUCGCCGGGCCCGGCCCGUUCGUGCCGCUCCCCACCAAGCUGUCGCUGGACAACCCGGAUUACCGCUGCCCGGCGGCGAGAAACGUCACCGCGGGGAUCCUGUCCACGUGCUGCGUCCUCAAGCCGGAGGCCGAGGCCAACGCCACGGUCAUCGACGCCAACGCCACCGAUCCGACCAAGAACUUCCUCACGCGCGGCACCGGCGACCUCGUCAUCACCUACGACGUGCUCCAGGCGUACCCCUCCAGCUACCUCGCGCUCGUCACGCUCGAGAACAACGCUAAGCUUGGCCGCCUCGACAAUUGGCGGCUGUCGUGGGAGUGGCGGCGCGGGGAGUUCAUCUACUCCAUGAAGGGCGCUCACACGUCGGAGGUGGACACUUCCGGCUGCAUCUAUGGGGCGCAGGGGCAGUACUACCAGAGCCUUGAUUUCUCUCAGGUGCUCAAUUGCGACCGCAAGCCGGUGAUCCUUGACCUGCCGCUGUCCCGGUACAAUGACACCCAGAUUGGAAAGAUUGACAACUGCUGCAGGAAUGGCACAAUCCUGCCCAAGUCCAUGGAUGAGAAGCAGUCCAAAUCGGCGUUCCAAAUGCAGGUGUUCAAGAUGCCACCGGAUCUGAACCGGACCAAGCUGUUCCCCCCUGCCAAUUUCAAGAUCGCUGGCGCAUCAUCGCUGAACCCAGACUAUACCUGCGGCCAGCCAGUGCGUGUCAGCCCAACGGCAUUCCCAGACCCAAGCGGGCUUGACUCGACGACACUGGCUAUGGCGACAUGGCAGGUGGUGUGCAACAUUACCAGAACUAAGGGGGCCAAGCCCAAGUGCUGUGUGACCUUCUCAGCAUACUACAAUGACUCGGUGAUCCCCUGCAACACUUGCGCUUGUGGGUGCCCUGCAAACAGGCGAGGGCCAACCUGCAGCACGACAGCGCAAUCCAUGCUCCUGCCACCGGAAGCGCUGCUUGUGCCGUUCGACAACCGGACACAGAAGGCGAUGGCAUGGGCUGAGCUGAAGCACUACAAUGUGCCCCGCCCAAUGCCUUGUGGUGAUUUCUGCGGUGUGAGCAUCAACUGGCACGUCUCGACAGAUUACAACAAGGGCUGGAGUGCUCGAGUGACAUUGUUCAAUUGGGAGGAUGUUGACAUGGCCAAUUGGUUUGCCGCCAUUGUCAUGGACAAGGCGUAUGAUGGCUUUGAGAAGGCUUACUCUUUCAAUGCCACUGCGGUGGGCAAGAACACCAUCUUUAUGCAGGGCCUGGAGGGGCUCAAUUACCUUGUGAAGCAGACCAACAUGAGUGGAUCAGACUACCUUGUACCCGGGAAGCAACAGUCAGUCCUCUCGUUCACAAAGAAGCUGACCCCUGGGAUCGACGUGGUGGCUGGGGAUGGCUUCCCAACAAAGGUCUUCUUCAACGGCGACGAAUGUGCCAUGCCGCAAAGGAUUCCUAUGAGCAGCGGAUUCAGGACCCGUCUCAGCAGUGCCUUUGCUUUGUUGUUGGUCCUUGCUGCUUCAGCUUUCCUAUUGCUUCAGCAAUGAUCCACGGGCCUCUGAUUCUUUUAUUCUUUCAGGUGGUUUGAUCGAUGCCAUUUGUAAGAAAGCCUUUUUGUUUCUGUUGAUUUCUUAGUAGACCUUAUUUAGCUGCUGUUUGUUAGUCGAAUGGAGCAGCAAUCGUGCAACAGUAUGAAUACUUGGAUAGUGAGGAAAAAAGAGGCGAGGACACCCAUUUGUUGCGGGUUUGCAACAUUGGUUCCUCCCUCUGAUGACAUUUACAUGUUUACACCAGAUGAGUGAUCUGUACAUCUCUGAUCUAGCUGUGUCUCGUUUGGUCUGUCAUACGGAAUUUACCAUUUCUCACUUCUCACUUUGACUGUUAAUAGAACCGUAUGGCUGCUCA